AUGGACGAGAAAGAAAUCUACUUAAAUUGCACAACAAAAUUACCAGAGAUCAUAAAACGAGUUGAUGACGUUAUAGAACUCACACGAAAGUACUCUGAAUUUUAUGAACAACGCGGAACUAUUGAAAUGGAAAGUAGUAAAAAGAUGAUGAUAAAUGUGGAAAAUAUUUUAUUGUUUGGUGUACAAACUAAUAGUAAAGAAGCUAUGAAUCAACCAAUUCAAGACGUUUUAAACGAAUUGGAAAAUGAAUGUGAAACAACAGCCGCCAUCUCUCAAAAAACGGGACAAAUGCUAAUCAAUGAAGUAUCACAACCAUUAAGUAAUGUACUUAAAGAAAUCGAGACACAGAAAAAGCAAAUACUUUUGGAGAGAGCAAAGAAAAUGAAAGUGUACGACGAUUUAAAUUCAUAUGCGCUGAGGUCUGAGGCGUUUUAUUUAACACAUUUAAGAGACACAAAAGACAUGAAAAAGAAAGUCGAAGCCACACCUAAUGAUAUGAAAGUGAUAGCCAAAUAUAACAAAUUGGUUAUAUCAUGUCAUGAAGCGGAAAGUAAAUAUCAAAACGCAGUAGAAAAGGUGAAUACAUGUCGAGACAUGUUAUAUCAUAUUGAAUUGGUUAAAGUAGUUCAGAAAUUAUACGAAUUAUUUUCAUAUCACCAAGUCGAGUUUUACAAAGCUAUACAUCGAGCGUUUGAAAUACUUAAAACUAAGCAAAAUAGAACUAAUCAGAGCCUUGAAAAGUCACCACAACUUUUAGAAGACAUACAGAAGAGUAGUGACGUGAUCGAUUAUUUCAAAAGGAUUGGUGAGACUUACAAGGAAAUGAAGUUCGAGUUGAAAGUCGAGAGAGUCGAAGAAAUAAAAAUCGAAGAGAAAGAAAAGUCCGGCUGGGGAUUUUCAAGUUUGGUUAACAAGAUGAAUACCUCAAUCAAUGAAAUCACUCAACAGAGUGAUAAAUUGUUCAAGAGUGAAGUAUUCACUAAGCCAGUCUUUUCUUUCGGGAAGAGAGAAGAAGAAAUUGUGGAGAAGAAAGAUACAAGUGAUUUGAAUAAUAAAGUCGAUGUGAUCAAUAAAGAGAAUCAAAGUAUGACAACAGAAGAUGGUAAUGAAUCAAAUGAUAUAAAAAUUGUUGAAACAAAUGAUAAAGUUGACAAAGAAGUGCAUGAAAAUGGCAUUGAAGUAAAAAUUCAACCAAUUGAAAAGAAACACGAAGAAUGUGUUGAACCAACAAGGGCAAGUGAUGUGGAACAUAAAGAAGAUAAUGACGUUUUGGAUCAAAAUGAAGAUGAAGAUGAGGAGGAAGAAGAAGAAUCAAACGCAUUUAUUUAA